AAUAAAAAAAAUCAAUACCAAAACGUAUUGCAGCCAACAACAGAUGCUGAUCAUAAAUUAUGAUUUCUUUUUUAACACGCAUGAUUACUUUUCUCCAUUUCCAUUGUUUAUUUUCAAUUCAAAACAGGACAAUAGUGGUUCUAUAGAAAAUGAAGAAUUGAAAGGAUUUCUAAAGGAUUUAUUGGAAUUGGUGAAAAAGGAUGACUAUGAUGCCUCUGACUUGAAAGCUUUCGAAGAAACAAUUUUACGCGGUGUAGGCUAUGACAAAGAUGGUAAAAUUUCCCGCAAAGAACUGACCAUGAUUCUGUUGACUUUAGCUAAAAUGCCACCAGAGGAUGAUCAGUAAAUUUUCCUUUAGAUUUGCAAGAUAACUAAUACACACAUACAUUUUUUGGGAAUAAUGAAAUAACAAUUAAUAUUUAAAUAAUUUUUAGCCCUGAUUUAAAGGGGUUAAGAAAAAAAAUUAUACCUUAUUUAUGAAUAAUGAAAAAAAACAAA